UCGAUCCUUUCAUAUCUGUCUUCCCUCCCUCUAGCUCUCUACUGUACACGAUGUCUCUCGAUCUCGCCAAGCUCGAGGCUCACCUCGCCACCCGGUCCUACGUCGAGGGAUACACCCCCUCGCAGGCUGACGUGCACGUCUACAAGGCAAUCAGCUCCGCGCCCGAUGCCUCCGCCUACCCCCAUGUUACACGCUGGUGCACGCACAUCAAGUCGUACGCGUCUGAGUUCGACUCCCUUCCGGGCUCGAGCACCGCCGGCGAGGCGUUCUUCGGCGCUGCUGCAGCCCCUGCUGCAGCCGCUGAGGAGGAAGAGGAGGUUGACCUCUUCGGCUCGGAUGAUGAGGAGGACGCCGAGGCAGAGCGCAUCAAGGCAGAGCGCGUCGCCGCGUAUAACGCGAAGAAAGCCAACAAGCCCAAGACAACCGCGAAGUCCGUUGUAACGUUCGAGGUGAAGCCAUGGGACGAUGAGACCGACAUGCAGAAGCUGGAAGAGUCUGUGCGCUCGGUCCAAAUGGAUGGCCUCGUCUGGGGUGCAAGCAAACUUGUUCCUAUCGGCUACGGUAUCAGGAAGCUUCAGAUCACCAUGGUCGUCGAGGACGAGCUCGUCUCGCUCGACGAUGUCCAGGAUCGUGUUGCCGAGUUCGACGAGUAUGUACAGAGUUCCGACGUUGUUGCCAUGCAGAAGCUCUAAGCUGAUUUGCUCUCCUGUGUUGUUUUGCUUUAUCAUUGGAGUACGACAUGAAUUGGUGGCAGUGUGCUUGUGUAGGAAUUCAUCGCAUCGUGUAACUCUAAUAGAAAUCGAUCGUUGCAUGUCCUGCAAGCGGAGAAAAUCGACAUUCACUACAAGUACACAUGCGACAUACAAGAGGCAGGCAUA